CCCACCCAGACUACCACUCGCUGCUCAUUGAGGGCAACUCGGAGCCUCCGGUAUCCUCAGCCUCCGAAGCCCAUUUCACAGAUCGUCUGGAGCUCUGCAGCCACCCGGGGUCAGAGCUCCCAGCUACGGACGGUCCCUAAGUCAGCGCGCAGCGCACUAGACAGAGCGGAGAUCCCUGACCUUCGGAGGUCCCGGAGACCCCUACUCAAACCGGCCCAAAGUCCGUGCUCCGGGCCCCCUUCCCUUAGAGCAAGCUGAGCAAUCUGAGGCGGGUGCGUCCCAGAAGACCGGAGGGUCUCGGAGGCCCCUCCUCUCAGGUGCAGGGGUCGGGCCGGGGGCCGGGUCCCGGGAACCCCCUCCCCUAAGGCUGAGCAGGGUGGUCGUAAGCGGAGUCCCCUCCCUGAGUCGACUGAGGCUUGCGAACCGUGGCGAAGGGAAAGCCGCCCCGCGUGUCCGGCUGUUCGACCCGGCCCGGCCCAGCCCGGCCGGGCCUCGGGGUCCCCGGCAGGGGGCGGCCUCGCUCCGCGCAGUCCGUCCUUCCCGCAGCCGCCGCCGCCCGGCUGCCGCUCCUCCUCCGGCCCCGCCUCCCUGGCCCCCGCGCGCCCGCCUGUCCUCCCGUCUCCGCAAGGCCGUCGGUCCGUCUGCCCGCCCUCCUGGCGCUCCUCCUCCCCGAACCGCUAUCCCGGCCGCGCUCGUCGCUUCCUCGGUUUCGGCCGCCGCUAGCCCGUUCCCCGCCCCCUCGCCGGCCGCAGCCGCUACGCGAGGCCGAGGAUUGGCAGAGCGCGUAGGCCGCGCCUUGGCCGACCAAGCCGGAAUAAAGGGGCGGUGGAGAGAGCAGCGGGUCGCCACUCGCCUCGCGCCCGACGCCGUGGGCGGCCUGGAGCAGAACCCGGCAUCGGGGAAGGCAGAGCCUCCCUGGCGUUGUUGGCGCCCUGCCUCGAAGAGCCCCCUGUCUUGUAGGCAGAGCCUUGUAGUCUGUCUUGGUUAAUGACUCGGGCCGUCUGACCAGUCCCUCUUCUGUGCCUUGUCCAAGGUCCUUGUCCAUCCCUGAUCCCGGGCAGCUUCUCUCUCUGGGUUGGGUCACCUUAAUCAGGGAAACUGAAGCCACUACUCUCCAAACCCUGCUUCAUCUUCCCAAGCAUGUCGGAAAGCUGGCAGCAGCCGCCACAGACGCAGCCGCAGCAGCCGCAGCCGCCGCAGCCGCAGCAUCACGCAGAACCACCGCCAGCCCUGGCUGAGCACUCGCUGCCCCCAGGCACGGCUGAGAACCCCCUGGGCUGCGCCGUCUAUGGCAUCCUGCUGCAGCCCGACCCGGGCCUACAGCCCCCGCAGCACGAGCCCCUGCAGGCGGCCGGUGAGCCGGGCCCCAAGUGCGGGGUGUGUGGUCACGACCUGGCGCACCUGUCCAGCCCGCACGAGCACCAGUGCCUGGCGGGCCACGACCGCUCCUUCCAGUGCACGCAGUGUCUCAAGAUCUUCCACCAGGCUACUGACCUGCUGGAGCACCAGUGUGUGCAGGCCGAGCAGAAGCCUUUUGUCUGUGGUGUCUGCAAGAUGGGCUUCUCGCUGCUUACCUCGCUGGCCCAGCACCACAGUGCCCACACUGGCACUGGUGGCCUGGUGAAAUGCUCCAUCUGUGAGAAGACCUACAAGCCCGGGGAGGCGGCUGAGCCAGCGGCCACCGCUGCCCCCUCACUGCCCCCAGCACCCCCGCCCCCGCCCACCGUCACCCCCGCUGAACAGGCCGAGAAGCCGUACAGUUGCCCCAUCUGCCAGAAGCCCUUCAAGCACCUGUCGGAGCUGUCGCGGCAUGAGCGGAUCCACACGGGCGAGAAGCCGUACAAGUGCACGCUGUGCGACAAGAGCUUCAGCCAGUCGUCACACCUGGUGCACCACAAGCGCACGCACAGCUCCGAGCGGCCCUACAAGUGCUCGGUCUGCGAGAAGACCUUCAAGCACCGCUCCCACCUGGUGCGCCACAUGUACGCGCACUCGGGCGAGCACCACCUGUUCCGCUGCAACGUGUGCGAGCUGCACUUCAAGGAGUCGUCCGAGCUGCUGCAGCACCCGUGCACGCCCAGCGGCGAGCGGCCCUUCCGCUGCGGCGAGUGCCAGAAGGCCUUCAAGCGGCCGUCGGACCUGCGUCAGCACGAGCGCACGCACAGCGCCGAGCGGCCCUUCAAGUGCGACCUGUGCCCCAUGGGCUUCAAGCAGCAGUACGCGCUGAUGCGGCACCGGCGCACGCACAAGACCGAGGAGCCCUUCAAGUGCGGCCUGUGCGAGAAGGGCUUCGGGCAGCCCAGCCACCUGCUCUACCACCAGCACGUGCACACCCUGGAGACCCUCUUCAAGUGCCCCGUGUGCCAGAAGGGCUUCGACCAGUCGGCCGAGCUGCUGCGGCACAAGUGCCUGCCGGGCGCCACCGAGCGGCCCUUCAAGUGCCCGGUGUGCAACAAGGCCUACAAGCGGGCGUCGGCCCUGCAGAAGCACCAGCUGGCCCACUGCUCGCCCGCGGAGAAGCCCCUGCGCUGCACCCUGUGCGAGCGCCGCUUCUUCUCGUCUUCGGAGUUCGUGCAGCACCGCUGCGACCCCGCCCGCGAGAAGCCGCUCAAGUGCCCGGACUGCGAGAAGCGCUUCAAGUACGCCUCGGACCUGCAGCGGCACCGGCGCGUGCACACUGGCGAGAAGCCCUACAAGUGCCCCAACUGCGACAAGGCUUUCAAGCAGCGCGAGCAUCUCAACAAGCACCAGGGCGUGCACGCCCGCGAGCAGCAGUUCAAGUGUGUGUGGUGCGGCGAGCGCUUCCUGGACGUGGCCCUGCUGCAGGAGCACAGCGCGCAGCACAGCGCUGCCGCAGCUGCCGCUGAGGGCGCCUACCAGGUAGCCGCCUGCCUACCCUGAGUCCCUGCCGCGGCCCCCCCAGGCCAGGUCCAGCCUCCUUGCUCGGAGAUCCCCCACCCAGCCCCAUGUUCAGAGUCCCUGGGCAUGAGGACAGAAGCACGCUGGGCAGGCGGAGGGGCCUGGCCCGCCUGGUGCCUGCCUGGAGGUGGGGGAGCCAGAUCGCUGUGGUUCCACAAACCUCUUUCCCAUUAUAGGAUUUGUUCUCUUGAGAGCCACCUGCCUCCCUGGUCUUUGGGGGCCUGGAACCAGACUGGAACCACAAGUCAAGCGUCCUCUCUCCACCCCGAGGAGGUAUGGGCGCCAGCCCGACCUCCCAAAGCCUUUAGCCUAGUUAGAUACCAGACGGUUAGGAAGGGAGGGUGGUCGGUUGCGUCAGGGUCCGGGAGGACGGCUGGACUCCAGAGGCAGGCCAGGUGUGGGGCGUCCUCCCUCAAGUUUGUGUUUGAGGGAGAAGGCCAGGUUUGUGAGGUAGUCUUGGGGACCAGGAGGGCACACCAGGAGCCCCAGGCCUGCCUGCUCCAGCCAGGGGCGAGGCCUACCCCAGGUUUCUGACCGGUGAGGGGGGUAAGAGGGCUGGGUCUGCCUGGAGUGCUGUCAGCAUAGCCAGAGGGGAGGAGGCAGAGAAGUCCUGCUCCAGGGAGGACAUGGCCUGGGACGGUGCCGGGACGGUGCCGUCCGUGGGGAAAGGAGGAGAGGCGGCCUUUGCGUGGAGGUCGAAUCCCAAUACUUUGGGGGCACCCCUCCCACCUCUGCAGCCCAGUUCUGAACUCUGGUGGGGAAAGGGCUCGCAGCCACACUGGACUGCUGUGGGAGGCGGGUCGUCAGACCGCCUGGUGCCCGGGAGGAAGCUGGGCCAAGCCGGUGGUUGUGAAAGGGCAUCUUCUGCCUUGAAUUGUGUGAACCAAAGUGUCAAGGGUGUGGCCUCAGUCAGCUCCCAGCCCCGCCUCAGGGCUGGGACAGGCCUGUGUGCCCAGGGUGGGGCCGGUGAAAGGACCACGUGAAUGCCCUCCCCACCCAUGGGAGCCCUCCCAUCAGGCUCGCUGCGGCCUGGGCCCCAGCAAUCUUACAUCGCCCAGAUGCCCUGGGCAACACCCAGCUAUUUCUGAGGCCGGAGGGUUCUCCCUUGGGUCUCUAGGUCUCUGGCUUCCCACAGGGCUUGUCCGGCCGAGGGCGUCAGGGCGCAGGGAGCGGGCAGGGGAAGAGCGAUGUUGAGGGAAUCAGUAGGCGGAUGGAGUGCGCUGGUGUCACUGGACGUCUGGGGCCUUCCGGAAGCCCAGGGGACCCUUAUUAUCAGAAUGGUCAUUUUGACCCCAGCUCUGCCCUUGCCCUCCUCCAGCCCCCUCCCCCGGUCACCGGUCUUAAAAGAAGACUUGACUCAGUGCCCCGAGGACUCAGAAGAGCAGGGACCCCUAGUCGGACCUUGUGCAACUCUCCCCUUAACACGUCCGAAAGCGCGCACGACCUCCACGUGACCGGUCCCCGCCCUGCGCCCAGAGAGGGGCUGGCUGACCCGUCCCCUCAGGGCUAGCUCUCGGCCACAGCCCCUGGAAGGACAUGGACCCCAGGCUGACAACUGUUCCAACUGCUGAUUUUUUAUUUUCAUCCUGCUUUCUAAAAGCAGUCGUUACACUCUUCAUAACAUUGUAUAGUUUGAUUUCAUGCCAUUUUGGGUCUUAUAUAAAAAAAUGUGAGAAUUCGGGUUUUUAAAAAGAAUGACUUCAUUUUAGAUAGCCCCUUUUGAUGUUAAUAUAUAGUGAGUCCAAUGUACGCUUUAGAAGUAAAGACACUGACCAUCACAGACCAAA